AUGGUCAACCUUUCGGUCCCCAAUGACUACACCUUUUCUCCUUCUGAAGGAACUCCACACCUGACCAUCAAUCACGAUGUGGCCGCCGACUUGGACUCGAGCAAUGCCUUUGAAGGGCCCGAGAAGCUGCUCGAAGUAUGGUUCGCCCCCAGCGCCGCCGCGCUGCCUUCGUCUGCCGCCCCCAACGGCUUGAAGGGCGUCGCGGCCGAGACCUGGGUUGGGAUGCUCGACAUGGUCAACUGCAAGAUUCUCUCGGUGCUGGAAUCCGAGGCUGUCGACGCCUACCUGCUCUCCGAGUCCAGCAUGUUCGUCUUCCCCCACAAGCUCAUCCUCAAGACGUGCGGCACCACGACUCUGCUUCUCGGCCUUCAGCGCCUGCUGCACAUUGCCGCCGCCAAUGCCGGCUUCCCCUUUCGCAAUGCCGCUUCGGUCGACCAUGUGCGAGCUGCCGCCAUUCCUUACCGCGUCUUUUACAGCCGCAAGAACUUUCUCUUUCCCGACAAGCAGCGCGGUCCUCACCGCAGCUGGAAGCAGGAGGUCAAGUAUCUCGACGAAAUGAUUGAGGGGGGCGGCAGUGCCUACAUGGUGGGCAAAAUGAACGGCGAUCACUGGUAUCUCUACAUCACGUCGCCAAACAAGACUCUCACGCCUCCCCUCACCCCCGAUUUGCAAGCUGUCAACGGGCACCCGACUCCCGAGUCCAUGUCCGCCGGCGGCUCAGGAGCAAACUCUCCGGGAGCCCACCACAAUGACGAGACUCUGGAGAUCCUCAUGACGGACCUCGACCCCGAGAAUGCCAAGCAGUUCUUCUUGUCCAAUGCGAGUGCGGUCGCGACCGACAAGCUUGCUGCUGAGGCUCAAGAGGCCCGCCGCCAGGCCGCCGUCAGUCUUAAUGGCCUGUCCACUCCAAUCGAGGAGGUGGACGUUUUUGACAACCAAAGCGGAGACUGGCUGUCGGCCAAGAAGCUCGAUGCAACCGAAGAGAUGACCACCGAAGGCCACGCGCUGGGCACCGUGGUCUCGGAGAGCUGCGGCUUGUCUCAGGUAUACCCGACCUCGGUCUACCCCGACGCUCGCGUGGACGCCUAUCUCUUUAGUCCGUGCGGCUUCUCGGCCAACGGCGUCAUCCCCGCGCCCCCAUCGGACCACGUAGACCAGCACAACUCGACGCACUACUUUACGGUGCACGUCACUCCGGAGCCGGGCUUCUCGUUUGCCUCGUUUGAGACGAACGUGCCGGGCCGGCAGAACGGGAAGACGACGGCGGAAAUCAUUGAGCAUGUCGUCAGCAUCUUCCGCCCCGGCCGCUUCAGCGUGACCCUCUUCGAGACCAAGGGCCGCAGCGCCAAUCCGGGCUACCGACGCAUCGACCGCAUCGUCCACGACUUUGAGGACUACGAUUUGGUGUUUCGGUUCUACGAGCGCGAGGACUGGUUCGGCGACAAGGCUGCGAGGGUGGGCGAGGUCAUGUAG